AUGGCCCACAAGAGCACCGGCGCCCAGUCUGAUUGGAGUGCUUCCCAAUACUUGAAAUUUGAAGACGAACGCACUCGGCCUGCUCGGGACCUUCUUUCCAGAGUUACACUUCAAGAUCCUAAAAGCAUCGUCGAUCUCGGCUGCGGGCCGGGUAACUCUACAGCCAUUUUGGAAGAGCGUUAUCCUACCGCCCACAUAGUGGGAAUCGACUCAUCUCCCGAUAUGAUUAAGAAAGCCAAGUCAACUUUACCUCAACGGGAGUUCUCCGUGCAGGGACUAGAGUCUUAUACGCCCUCGGAGUCUGUGGAUCUUUUCUUUUCAAAUGCCGUUUUUCAAUGGCUCAAGGGAGGAGAGCGCUUCGAAAUCAUUAAGAGACUGAUAGGAACUCAGAAAUCUGGCGGGAAUUUUGCUUUUCAAGUUCCUUACAAUCUAUCGGAACCGUCUCAUGUUCUGAUGCGAGAGACUGCAACCAAUGGAUCUUGGGCAAGCACAUUGAGUCACGUUAACCGGGACGAGUUCCAAUCACCCCAGGAGAUAUACGAUCAGCUGAAACCGAUUUGCUCCGAGGUGCAUAUUUUCCAGACAAAUUAUUAUCAUCCUCUCGCUGAUCACAAGUCUGUGAUCGAAUGGGUCAAAGGAACUGGAUUAAGACCUUAUUUGGAUCCACUGACACCGAAAGAGCAAGAGUCAUUCAUGGAAAAUUACUUGGGAUCCCUCGAGAAGGCGUAUCCCAAGUCUGUCGACGGGAAGGUCUUGCUUCGCUAUCCUCGCUUAUUUGUGGUGACCGUUAAAGGAUAG